AUGUCUGCUGAGGUCGAGAUCCACGAGAAGGAGAGAAACCUCGAUGAGGUGGAUAGACACAACAGCCCCAGCAGGAGAUUCAAAUACCCCAGUGAUCAGAAGGGUGGCUCAGCACCAGGCGCUGGUUUCUUCUGUGAAGUUCAGCUGUUGGAUGUUGGGGGCUAUCUGAGCCUCUCCACCAAAGCCUCUGGAUUCAACUUCAGUGACUAUGUCAUGUGCUGGGUCCACCUUGCUUCAGGGAAGGGGCUGCAGUGGGUGACAAGUGUCCAGUGUGAGGUGCAGCUGGUGGAGUCCGGGAGAGGCCUGAGUCAGGCUGGGGGGUCCCUGAGACUCUCCUGUGCAGCCUCUGGAUUCACCUUCAGCAGUUAUGGCAUGAGCUGGGUCCGCCAGGCUCCAGGGAAGGGCCUGCAGUGGGUCGCAGUUAUCAGCAGUGACAGUAGUUACAUAUACUACGCAGACUCCGUGAAGGGCCGAUUCACCAUCUCCAGAGACAAUGCCAAGAACACUCUACGGUCUCUGAAGAUCUCAUUCAAGGCAUCUGGAUACAGCUUUACUAGCUACUGGAUCAGCUGGGUGCGGCAGAUGCCCGGAAAAGUGGAGUGGGUGGGAGAGAUUGAUCCUAGUGAUUCUUUUACCAAGUACAGGCCGUCCUUCCAAGGCCAAGUCACCAUCUCCACAGACAACUCCAUCAGGACCGCCUUCCUGCAGUGGAGCAGCCUGAAGGCCACGGACACAGCUAUGUAUUACUGUGCAAGAGACACAAGAGCAGAUUCUGAAAACCUCAUGAGGCAUGUCCAUCUCAGCCACAGAGGUGUCCAGUGUGAGGUGCAGCUGGUGGAGACAGGGGGAGGCCUGAGUCAGCCUGGAGGGUCUCUGAGACUCUCCAGUGCAGCCUCUGGAUUCACCUUCAGCGAUUAUGGCAUGAACUGGGUCCGCCAGGCUCCAGGGAAGGGGCUGCAGUGGGUGGCAUUGAUUAGCUAUGAUGGUGGUAGCACAUACUACGCAGACUCCGUGAAGGGCCGAUUCACCAUCUCCAGAGAAAACGCCAAAAACACACUGUAUCUGCAAAUGAACAGUGUCCAGUGUGAUGUGCAGCUGGUGGAGUCCGGGGGAGGCCUGAGUCAGCCUGGGGGUCCAUGA